ACUAUGAAUGAUCUUCAACUAAUUCCAACAUCCAUUUUAUUGGAUUGCAAAAAAAGAAGACAGUAAUACUCAUGAAAAGCUUGGAUUAUUUGGAGGAGAAGUUUAACAUGGGGGAAAUCAUUGAUUCAAAGCCCUUUGAAUCAGUCCAAGCUGCACUUUCUUUGUUUGGUGACCAGAGGAAAACCAGCCCCAGGAUCAAGAAUGAACAAGAGAAAGAGAAAGAUCUGGAGGCAGUUUUGAAAGAAUUUGCGAGCCUAAAACUUCAGCUGGAGGCGAAGGAUUCAGCGCACAAGCAAGCAUUGUUUCGGCUAAGCCAGAACGAGAGCGCAGUGGAGGAGCUUUUAGCGCAGAUAAUGAGCUCCGCGUUUGAGAGAGAUGUGUACCUGAACGAGUGCAGAUUACACAAGGAUCGCGCGGAGGAGCUGGAGUUGAAGAUGAAGGAGAUGUCAGAUCAUACAAUAACAGAGUCCGCAAGGCUCCGAGAACAGCUAUCUUGCGCCGUGGCGGAGCUGAGGGCGGCGCAAGCGGAGAUAUUCCGCCUGGAAACCCAAGCGGUGGCGGCCGGAGACGCAAAAGCCGAGGCGCUGAGACGCGCGGAGACGGCGGAAAAGAAGAUCCGGGACCAAUCCGAUCACAUCACUUCACUGGAGACACAGAUCAAACACCUAGAGCACGAAAUCAACAGAGACAACGAAGACAAUAAUUCAAACGCCCAGGAAGAAAUCGCAUUGCUGAAAGCCGAGAUUCAUAAACAGAAAUCAAAAACAGCCGAAUCGGAGGCCGCAGAAGCUCGAGCCAUAAGCGACAAGCUAUCCCUAACCCUCGUGCUUGAGCGGUUAGCGUUAGAAUCGAAGCAACACAAAAUUGCAGAAGAAAUACGCGAAGAACGAGAAUCGGAUCAGUUGCGAGAACUAGAAAGAUUGAACAGAGAAGUGGAGAUCGCAAUGCAGAAGGUGGGAGAGUUCAGGACGAGGGCGGAGCAAGCAAUCAGCAGAGCGGAGGCGGCUGAGAACGCGAAAGCGAGACUGGAAAACAGGAUAAUGAGAUGGAGGGAGUUGAAGGAGAAGAGGAAGCAGGCUUUAGCAGCCUUGCGAGAGGACUCCAUAUCUAGAGAAAAGAUGGAUAAAUUUGAGUACUAUGAUUAUGGUAGUCCAGUGACUACAAUUGUUGAACCCUUGGGCAAGGUUCUCAAAAUGAAAUUUUAAGUACACAAACUUCCUCUGAUUUUUAGUGAAUUGUAGAGAUGCCUUGAUGUAAAGUGAAUUUUUGUUUUUUCAAACUGCACUCUAGUACCUAUAUAUCACAAAUGAGAUUUAU